AUGGACGAGCCAGCGUGCAAGAAGUUAAAAGUCGAUUCUGUGCCUUGCUCAGAUUUUGAAUCUGGGGAUGGAUUGGAUGGACUUAGUGAGCUUGAAAAGUUAGAACCAUUACCCCAGUCGGCACAUAUCGGAGGUGAUAUACCGACCACAUCGCAGUCAUCUAUGACUGCUCCUAUGGCACCGGCCGGGUAUGGCCAAGCCGGCGGAGGACAAGCGGGUGGACAACAGUCACAAAGUGGCGGUCAACAACAAUCAGUUUUACAGGAGCUAUUAAUGACCCAGACGCAAGGUCCUGCUGCGAAUAAUUCACCACGGCCUGCGUUUUCUGGAGCACCUACUGCAAACAGUUUCAAUACUAGGAGUCCGAUGACUGGUGCCACAAUGAUGUCUCCUCCAAAUGCCAACAUGGCAGGAGCAGGGCGAGGGGCGGGCGGCCCCGGACCCUCUCCCGGAGGUCCUCCAGGUGGUCCUCCUGGAGGCCCGAUGCGAGCACCAGGGCAAGGUCCUCCUGUGAUGUACGACGGCAUGCAAAUGCCUCAGCAAACGCAAUAUGGUCAGCCGAUGAUGACGGGUGGACCCCAGGGCCAAAUGCGUGGUUACCCUGGGCAGUAUGCACCACAGAGUGCUCCUAAUCAAAUACCAUAUCCGGGACAGGGUCGAGGGCAAGCCAUUCCUAGAGGUGGUAUGAUGAAUGGAGCACAUAUGCAACGACCGCCACAAAUGGCUCCUCCUGGCCGACCAGGUAUGCCUCAAAUGAUGCCUGGUAUGAUGCGACAUCCCGGCAUGAUGGAGCAACCUUUUAAUCCGAAUGCACCUUUUCAAGGUCAAAGGCCGGAGCAGUUUAUGGGUGGUCCACCGCCUCAGGGCUUUAUGAACCGACAGCCUUAUCCUGGAAUGAUGCCUGGGCAUCCUGGUCCACCCCAAGGGCCACCGAUAAUGAUGAUGGAUCCGUCACAAUCGAAUGGUCCUCAUCAAAUGAGCAAUCGUCCUCCAGGUGCUACUGCUCCAUCACAGCCACCUCAGGGUAUGCAGAUGCAGAUGCCCAACGGUGGACCACCCUCUGGUCAACAGCAACAUCCACAUUCGAUGCAAGGCGCGCCGGUAUCGCAACCACCUCAACGGACCGGAGGCACACCGUUGACCCCUGGCACUCAAGAUCCUGAGAAGCGGAAACUCAUCCAGCAACAACUUGUUCUACUUUUGCAUGCCCACAAGUGCCAGCAACGAGAAAGAAAUCCCGCUGAAGCUGCAAACGGACGAACACCGUGCAAUCUGCCGCAUUGCAGUACAAUGAAGGAGGUCCUACAACACAUGACUAUAUGCCACAAUGGACGACAAUGCACCUAUGCACAUUGUGCUUCGUCACGGCAGAUCAUAGCCCAUUGGAAGAAUUGUAAUAGAGAUGAUUGUCCCGUAUGUAAACCCUUGAAGAGUAUUCAGAAUCAACCUUCCGCCGCUGGAACACUACAAGACAUGAGCCAACUUCUUGGUCCUGGAUCGGUUGGAGCACCAGGAUCGGCCGGAGGUGUCGGAACAGGAGGUCCACAAUCCGUUGACCCAAUGGCACAGUUUGGCUCGCCUGCACCGGCAUCUAACGCCGGAGCAGCAGCAGCGGCUGCAGCUGCGGGUAGCUCAGCACCACCAAGUAGCACCGUUUCUGGUCCACCUAGUGGCCCUAUGUCUGCUGCGGGAUUGUUGAACGACUAUAAUCCACCCAUGAACGAUCCAUUCCGCUCACCAAAUCCACCCAACAAGCAUGCCGGUCCUGGUUCAGUUGGUGCAGCUUCUGGAGGUCAUCAUGGUAUGAUGGCUCGAGCACCUGGUGACUUCUCAACGAUCAACUUCCCACCUCCUGAUGUACCAAGUCAUGCAAAGGAGUGGCAUCAGCACGUCACUCGUGAUCUUCGCAACCAUCUUGUUGGGAAGUUGGUAAAAGCGAUUUUCCCGUCACCGGAUCCAAACGCGAUACACGACCAAAGAAUCCGUGACCUAAUCAACUAUGCUCGGAAAGUCGAAAUGGAAAUGUUUGAGUCAGCCAAUGACCGGGUAAGUUGCUGUGCCUAG